UAAUAUUUUAUUCUAGUAUUCUCUUCUCAAAAUGCUUUUGCUGCAUAUUAAGUUAUCAACCCUUUCAUUAUAUUAAUCUUGCAAUUGGCUAGUUCUCUGUCUUCAAAUUCCAACAACACCAAACACCAUGAACAAAGUUCACAUCCUGGCGUUCCCAUACCCAGCACAGGGCCACAUCCUCCCACUCCUCGACCUCAUCCACCACUUAGCCCUACGAGGCCUAACCGUCACAAUCAUAAUCACACCAAAAAACGUUCCUAUCUUAAACCCUCUCUUAUCCUCGCAUCCAAACACGGUCCAAACUUUAGUUCUCCCAUUCCCUCCCCACCCUAACAUCCCCGCUGGCGCAGAGAACGUCCGUGAGGUCGGCAACAGAGGAAACUACCCCUUCAUCAACGCCCUCUCCAAACUCCAACCAGAAAUUAUCCACUGGUUCGCAACCCACAGUAACCCUCCUGUAGCACUCGUCUCCGAUUUCUUCCUCGGUUGGACUCAGCAACUCGCUUCCCAACUCAGUAUUCCUAGGAUCACGUUCUACUGCUCCGGCGCGUCCUUAAUCGCCAUCCUCCAGCGCUGCUGGAAAAAUCUACACUUUUACAAUUCACAGGGAGAUAAUAAUAUUAUUAAUUUUCCCGAAAUUCCGGGAACGCCGUCGUUUAAGAGGGAGCACCUCCCCACGUUGUUCCUCCGCUACAAGGAAUCGGAGCCGGAGUCUGAGUUUGUUAGAGAGAGCAUGCUUCUUAACGACGCGAGCUGGGGAUGCGUGUUCAACACGUUCCGCGCGUUGGAGGGUUCUUAUUUGGAUCACAUUAAAGAAGAGUUGGGUCAUAAGAGUGUGUUUUCGGUCGGGCCGUUGGGAUUGGGUCGGGCUGAGUCCGACCCAAAUAGAGGAUCCGAGGUUUUGCGUUGGCUUGACGAGGUGGAGGAAGAAGCGUCGGUGUUGUACGUUUGCUUUGGGAGUCAGAAGUUGAUGAGAAAGGAACAAAUGGAAGCAUUGGCGGUGGGAUUAGAAAAAUCCGAAACGAGAUUCGUGUGGGUGGUGAAGACGGCUUCCACGAAGGAAGAAAUGGAUGAAGGGUUCGGGUUGGUACCGGAGGGGUUUGCGGAUCGGGUUUCGGGUCGGGGCUUGGUUGUAACCGGGUGGGCCCCACAAGUGGCGAUACUGAGUCACCGAGCUGUGGGGGGGUUUGUGAGUCACUGCGGAUGGAACUCGGUGUUGGAGGCGAUGACGAGUGGGGUUGUGAUUGUGGGGUGGCCCAUGGAGGCGGAUCAGUUUGUGAAUGCUAAGAUGUUGGUGGAAGAUAGAGGGCUAGGGGUGCGGGUUUGUGAAGGGUCGGAUUUUGUGCCCGACCCGGAUGAGUGGGGUCAGGUCGUGAAAGCGGUUAUGGUUAGAGACAGUGCUGAGAAGAGAAGAGCGAAGUUGAUGAGAGAGGAAGCUAUUGGGGCUGUGAGGGAAGGUGGCGAGUCUUCCAUGGAUGUAGAGAAGCUCGUGAAAUCGUUGUUGGAGCUUGGUGUUAAACAAGGAUAAUAAAUAAAAAUCCGGAGACAAUAGGGUGGUAAGGUUCGAAGGGUCAAGGUGGUUAAUACAAGACUUUUCUUCAUCUUUUCUUUUCAUUUUUCUUGUUUUUCAUUUUUUUAUUGUAAUAGGUCAAUUUUUGUUUUCUGUAAUGUAGUUUAGUUUGUUAUUUCUUUUUUGUUUAAUUUGUUGUGUGAUUUAAACUAGACAUUUGCCUUAAAUGGGUCCGGGUAAUCUAGCGAAUUAAAUAUGAUUUAUCUAGUUGUGUAAAA